UAGCGGCUGGUGUCCCCGCGCGGCCUUUGCGCCUGGCGCGCGGCCGCUCCGCUCCGCCGGGUGAGCGCGCGCGCGGCUGGCGGAGGAGCGCUCGGGCCAGCUAGAGGUGAAAGCAAAUCACCCCCAGAGCUACUUGUGAAGGGCUUGGAUGCUGCGGUGAUGGGAAGGUGCCCCAUCGGUGGAUGGAAUGCGCUUGGCUGUAUCACAGCUCCCCCUUGCCAGCGUUAGUUCUCCUCAGUCUUUCUGCAGCACAAAGACACAGCUGUUUCGGAGUUAAAAUGGAAAAGUAUGAGACCCUUGGGCUAGUCGGAGAGGGAAGCUACGGAAUGGUAAUGAAGUGUAGAAAUAAAGACAAUGGAAGAAUAGUCGCCAUCAAGAAGUUUUUGGAAAGUGAGGAUGAUAAAAUGGUUAAAAAAAUUGCCAUGCGAGAAAUCAAGCUCCUCAAGCAACUUCGACAUGAAAAUCUGGUGAACCUGCUGGAAGUGUGUAAGAAGAAGAAACGAUGGUAUCUGGUGUUUGAAUUUGUGGAUCACACACUCCUCGACGACCUUGAGCUGUUUCCACAUGGACUAGAUUACAAUAGAGUUCGGAAAUAUUUAUUUCAGAUUAUAAAAGGAAUAGGAUUUUGUCACAGUCACAAUAUAAUACACAGAGACAUUAAACCGGAAAAUAUAUUGGUCUCCCAAUCAGGAGUUGUAAAACUCUGUGAUUUUGGAUUCGCUCGUACUCUGGCAGCCCCUGGUGAAGCUUACACUGACUAUGUGGCAACGCGAUGGUACAGAGCUCCAGAACUGUUGGUUGGCGAUACCAAGUAUGGCAAGGCUGUGGAUGUGUGGGCCAUUGGCUGUCUGGUCACGGAAAUGCUUACAGGAGAGCCCCUGUUUCCUGGGGACUCGGACAUUGACCAACUGUACCAUAUCAUGAAAUGUCUGGGCAACUUAACUCCACGCCAUCAAGAGCUGUUCUAUAAAAAUCCACUCUUUGCUGGAGUGAGGUUGCCAGAGGUCAAGGAGGCCGAACCUCUUGAAAGACGGUAUCCCAAGCUCUCUGCGGCAGUGUUGGAUUUAGCCAAGAAAUGCUUGCAGAUCGAUCCGGACAAAAGGCCAUCCUGUGCUGAGCUACUGCAGUGCGAUUUCUUUAACAAAGAUGGAUUUGCGGAAAGAUUUGCUCAAGAGCUUAGGUUAAAGAUUCAGAAAGAUGCCAGGGACCAUCCUUUGCCCAAAAAAUCAAAAAUUAGCAAAAAGGACAAAGACGAUUCUUUAGGAGAAGAGAGAAAAAUGCUUGAUAUCCAGGACUUCAACAUUGAUCCAAAGAUCAAAGAUUCUAAACUGUUCAAGGUGAAAUUAUCCAAAGCUGAGGUGGAGAAGGCUGACAGAUCUUCCAAUAUGAGCUGCCUGUAUGACAGUGGAACCAGUCAGUUCAAAACAGUCCCUCCGACAAGCAUGAAAGACUCCAGCAGCAGCUUGGAUUACAUAAAGAACCCGGGCAUGGUUAUUCCUCCCAUUAUCCCGAACCUUGCCACCAUCACGCCCAAUAUAAGUGUUAACUCUGGGAUGGGAACUAUUCCUGGAACCCAUAAUUACAGAGUUGAUGAGAAGACUAAAAAAUACUUAACCCCUUUUAUAAAGCAAGGGAAACAUUCACCAGCAGGGCAUUACAAUGUCAGCUUGGGCACAUCGGUCUCAAAUGAAAAGAACGUUCUUCAGGCAAACAAGAAAAGAUGGGAAUUCUCCAAGACAGAUGUGCGUUUGCCUGAGCUAAACUAUAACCAUCUCCCUGAACUCAAAGGAGUGGACGCUCGAAAUUCCAGAUUUGUCAAAAAGGAGAACAAAACUGUCUCAGAGUCUCGCAUUCCAUCCCUUGCCAGCAUCGAUCUUCACAACCCGAGCCUGGCUUUGCAACAGAUAUCGGGAACAUCACUGCCAGAUGCUUCAGAAGCCAGCUUCCCUCGAGUAGAACGCUAGCCCGGAGAAGAACUGAGGGAUUGGGUACUUUUUGCCUCUGAAGCGUCUGAAAAAACUGUCCAAAGGUGGGUGUGUAUUGAGGAAACGACGUGCGAGGUGACACAGCCAGUUCAGUGGCUGAGCUGGGAAUAGAAUCCAAGUUCUCUGCUCCCAUGUCCCAGUGGUCUGGGCUGCUGCCCUUACUGCUACAUCACUUCUAUCAGGUUGGUUUGUCUUUUACAUUUUGCUUUUGUUCAUUCUUCCUGUACCUGAGAAUGAGAUCUCUGAUCCAAGAGCCUGCGAGUGAAGCGAUGGAACGUAACUCCCCCAGUGUAUAUAAAAAUGUGCUGUGUGUUUCAUUAUCAAUACUUUAAUGCAAAUAUUUAUCAGUAUGUUUUAGGGCUAUUCUGUUGGUUUAAUGCAAUGUUGCCAGUUUUGUAUUGUGCACCUUCUAGUUCACUUCCUUGUUUUUUUGUCAUAAUUCUUGGACGCUGAUAUCACUUUCCCUUUUUGAGGAGGUGGAACAGUCACUGUCUUUAUGGUGUGCUCUGAGCCUUGUGCCGUAGUGCUGAAAACCCCGGACUGUGUGCCUCAGUGCUGACUUGGACAACUCCUUGCUGGAAAACGUUUCUUGAUCUUAAAAUCAAAGGUGAUUUGUUUUUACUCUGCUCCCAAUGUAUGUCUAAUGCGAAUGUGCUUGUAGAUACCUUGAUAUGAUCAGCCGCAACUUAUGAUUCGAUGGAAAAGAGAAUAAUAAAAUGAUAGGGUUUGAAUGGUAUAAAGAACAAAAAUAAGAGUGUUCCUUAUGUGUUCGCUUUUCUAUGGAGUGGUUAGUUUCCUGUGCAUAGUUUGGUAUGGGUAAGUGUGUGUGAUAAGUAAAAACAAGAGAGCAUAUU